CAGGCUGUCAAACAGCCAUCAGAAGAUGACAAACAGGCGAGCGGACAGAUCGCGAUCAUGAGCCGCGCUCUCCACCGGGUCUGACGGAUCACCCUGCCGCCGCAGCCUCUUAUGGACGCCGUUUCCCCCCGUUCUGUCGCACACAGCAGCCUCGCCCGUUCUCCCCCAUGAAAAACACUCUCUGGAGCGGCGUGAUGAUGAUGUCGAGCAAAAGCGCGGAAUGGCUGCAGGAUGAGCUGCAGUCCGGCGGAGGCUCGCUGCUGCUGCUCGACUGCCGCUCGCACGAGCUCUUCGAGUCCUCGCACAUCGAGUCCGCCAUCAACCUGGCCAUCCCGGGGCUCAUGCUGCGGAGGCUGAAGAAGGGCAACCUGCCCAUCCGCUCCAUCAUCCCCAAUAACGAGGACAAGGAGAAGUUCGUCAAGCGCUGUAAGACGGACACGGUGCUGCUGUACGACGAGGCGACGGCGGACUGGCAGGAGAGCGGCGCCGCGGGAUCCGUGCUCGGGCUCCUCAUGCAGAAGCUCCGCGAUGACGGCUGUAAAGCGUAUUACCUGGAAGGAGGAUUUAACAAGUUUCAGACUGAAUACCCAGAGCACUGCGAGACUAACUUGGACUGCUCCUGUCCGAGCAGCUCUCCGCCCUCGUCCGUUCUGGGUCUGGGUGGACUGCGGAUCAGUUCGGACUGUUCCGACGGAGAGUCGGACAGGGAGCCGGGCAGUGCCACGGAGUCCGAGGGCAGCCCCUUACCCAGUAACCAACCAGCAUUCCCAGUCCAGAUUUUACCGUAUCUUUACCUGGGCUGUGCCAAAGACUCCACCAACCUGGACGUUCUGGGCAAGUACAACAUCAAGUACAUCCUGAACGUGACUCCCAACCUGCCCAACAUGUUUGAACACGACGGGGAAUUCAAGUACAAACAAAUUCCCAUUUCUGAUCACUGGAGCCAAAACCUCUCUCAGUUUUUCCCAGAAGCCAUUUCUUUCAUUGAUGAAGCUCGUUCCAAAAAGUGUGGCAUCUUGGUGCACUGCCUAGCAGGCAUCAGUCGCUCGGUCACCGUCACGGUGGCGUACCUGAUGCAGAAGCUCAACCUGUCGCUCAACGACGCCUACGAUUUCGUCAAGCGCAAGAAGUCCAACAUCUCGCCCAACUUCAACUUCAUGGGGCAGCUCUUGGACUUCGAGAGGACGCUGGGGCUCAACAGCCCCUGCGACAACCGCUCGCCCAACGACCAGCUCUUCUUCACCACGCCGACCAAUCACAACAUGUUCCAGCUGGACACGCUGGAGUCCACAUGAAGGCCAGCAGAGGACGCUGGGUGGGAGCAGCCACCCUUUGAAUGUUUAUCUCCCGUCUCCAGGGGAGCUUUUGACCCGGAGGAGCGGCCAGCAGCCGCGGCGGGGCCGGCGAAGGGAGGGACGGAGGGUGGUUCGGCACACGGGGCCCUCUGAAGCCCCCGCAGCUAUUCCGGUGGAUUUUAAUGCAGCUUUUCUUGCCUUUAUGGAACAGACUGUUCUUUUUCUGUCACGGUUCGACACACCAGAAGAAACACGAGCGCAGCAGCGCUUCACCCGAGGAGAAGGAAGUGGAACUGCCGCGGGACGCCCCCUCGACCUCGAAGGGUGCCGACGUACCGACUGGGAUUUUUCUUCGUCUUUUCUAUCGGGAGGAGAACGUAGGGUCGGACCGGCAUCGCUGAGGCGCACAACACAUUCAACACACGCAGUCUGUCUGUUUCUAUAUCUUUGUGUAUUUCCUCGCAGACGAAACGUCGUCCAAAGUAGAGGCCGAACCAACACAAACAAACAUUGUGAGUCCUCCUCCCCCUCUUUAUUUUCUCUCGCUCUACGUUUGCAAUGACCUAAUGCGUUUUGCACAGUGGUGAAGCCUUUCACUUCUUGGCACUUAAAAGCGGUACUCCAACACACACAGAAAGAGACAUUCAGAGGUCCUGCCAGUCCUAGGCUGCGACGAGGCCGCGCAGCUGCGUGGGACCGGCGAGCGACGACGCGCGCACUUAAAGCUCAUUGUUCCUUAACUGCAAACGACAGAUCGACGUUUGUGUCCUAGCUACGGGUCCCGGCUCGGUUCGGGCUCGUUCACCUUCUGGCCUUGGUGAUUCUCGUUACAGUAUGAAUAUAUUGUAUUAUUUUCUCAAUAAGAGUAUAUCUAUUCACUCGAUGUGUAUUUGGGCAUGCGAUCCUCUCGAGGUGCGGCACGUCACUGAAUGUUGAGGACUGUUUUUUUAACUACUCUUGCUGCUCCGGCAGUAAACAGUGUGUAGCGAGGGCGUUCCUGACCGCAGGAACGAGCGACUGGACCCGAGUGGACGAGUGCUUGAGUUAACAGGGUUGCUUUAAGCUGGCCUUAUAUAACCUUUUUAAUUCUUUCCUACUCUGACUGUUCAAUACUCUUUGUAUCUCUCUUUAGAAAUCGUUGUAUUUGUUCAUUUUUAAAGAAACCGAUAUGUAGUAAUAAUAAUAAUAAUAAUAAUAAUAGACGACUAAUGGUCUCUAACGGGUCAGUCCAGUUUAUGUUUGUUACUCUGCAAUAUACUCCACAACCCUUUGCAGUAUUUUCUAGAAAAUGGCCUCGGGUUUUUGACUCUUCUACUUUUGAUACUAGAGAUCCACAGAGAUAUAGCUUGAAACCGAGGCGGCGUUUCGCCCGGGGUGUCCAAAGUGACAUCUCACACUGGCUACUGGGUGUGCGUUUCAUCCGAUUCGAUUUCCCCCAUAAUAUAUGUGCUAUUACUGACUCCUGUGGCCUUUUCAUAUAUCUCAAUAUAUAUAUAUAUAUAUAGUAUUCAUCUUGUGCAGAUAUGCAACGGUCGUCCCCUUAAUAUAUCAUCGUGGGCGACUCUUUCUCAUGCUUGAAACAACUUUGGAGACGUCGUCACCCAGUCACAAUAACAACACGGCGUCACCUCGGGACUGAAACGUGCUUCAUUUCACAGCUUCUUUAUUUACAUGUAAAUCUUGAUUUCAGGCUGCUUCUCGUGGAGGAAUGUUUGUAUCCGUAACAAUGGGAGAGAGGAAUGGUUCAUGUUUUUCUCCGUUUGUAUAUUGCCAGAACACAGGAACAAGGCUUUCUGUGGACAUUUCUUGUAGCUACACAACAGUUGUGCGAUUUAAUAACCGUAAGAACGGAAGAGAACGACACCCAGGAACGAGACGAGCGAAUAAGGAAAUGUAUAUCUUACCUCACCGAGGAAUUUUUCAGGGAUUUUUAUUUGACAAUGCGUCGGCAUCGUGUUACAGCUUCAAAUGUCAAAGAGCUGUUUUAUAUGUGCUGUAUACAUUUUUUUAAAAGAUACAAUCUAUAUAUGUGUAUAAUACUGGGCUUGGUAACCGGGCAGUUAAAUUUUCUGGUUUAUGAAGGAUAUAAAAUUGUCCGUAUGUAUUGUAUAGUAUAUGAAAACCAAUACAAGACUUGUUUGUACUGCAAAUAAAUAUUGAAUUAUUUUUUGGUUA